GUUCAAGGGAGAAAGAAUGGGCGUGCCUCCUGACGUCAUUUCCGCACUGCCCUCUCAACUCUCUGGCUUGGAUCUGUGCUUUUUCCCCUUCUUUGCCUGGAGCUGACCUAGCCUCGGCUCUGCCUCGGUGGCCUCUUUUCUUUCCCUGAGGCCGAGGGAAUGGCUCCUGUCCUCCUGAGCACCCGGCCCUGCCAGGAAUCAGUGACAUUUAAAGAUGUAGCUGUGGAAUUCACCUGGGAGGAGUGGGUACACUUGAAUCCAUCUCAGAAAUUGCUGUACAAGGAUGUGAUGUUGGAGAACUAUAGAAACUUGGUCUCUUUGGGAUUUGCAGUUUCCAAACCAGAUGUGAUCUACCAAUUGGAAAAUAAAGACGUAUCUUGGAUGUCAGAACCAAGCAGGAGAUGUCCAGGCAAGAAAGAAUUUACUUCAGAGAAACCAUAUGAGUGUAAUGAAUGUGGGAAGACCUUCAGGAGUAAAACACAAUUUAGUGUGCAUCAGAGAAUUCAUACUGGAGAGAUUCUCUAUGAAUGUAAGGAGUGUGGAAAGACUUGUCACUGCAAUUCAGAACUUAUUCGACAUCAAAGAAUGCAUACUGGAGAGAAACCCUAUGAAUGUACAGUCUGUGGUAAGGCCUUUAGCAUGAAUGCAAAUCUCACUGUGCACCAGAGAAUUCAUACUGGAGAGAAACCUUAUGAAUGUAAUGAAUGUGGAAAGACCUUUAGACAGAGGACACACCUUUAUGUCCAUCAGAGAAUUCAUACUGGUGACAUUCCUCAUGAAUGUAGUGAAUGUGGGAAGGCCUUCAAGAGGAAGACACAACUUACCUUGCAUCAGAAAAUUCAUCCUGGAAAGAUUCUUUUUGAAUGUAAGAAGUGUGGGAAGACUUUCCUCUGCAAGACAGAUCUUAUUAAACAUCAGAGAAUUCAUACUUUAGAGAAAGCUUAUGAAUGUAGUGAAUGUAGGAAGGCCUUCAGGAGCGUGAUACAACUCACUGUGCAUCAGAGAAUUCAUCCUGGAAAUGUUCUUUAUGAAUGUAACGAAUGUGGGAAGGCCUUCCCUAGAAACUCACAUCUUAUUAAACAUCAAAGAAUUCACACUGGAGAGAAACCUUAUAAAUGUAGUGAAUGUGGAAAGGCUUUCAAGAGGAAGGUGCAUCUUAACCUACACCAGAGAAGUCAUACAGGAGAGAUUCUUUAUGAAUGUAAAGAGUGUGGGAAGGCCUUCCUCUACAAUUCAGAUCUCACUCGACAUCAGAGAAUUCAUACUGUAGAGAAACCAUAUGAUUGUACUAUCUGUGGGAAGGCCUUCCGGAGUAAGACACAACUUGCUGUACAUCAGAGAAUUCACACUGGAGAGAAACCUUAUGAAUGUAGUGAAUGUGGGAAGUUCUUUAGACAGAGGACACACCUUUAUAUGCAUCAGAGACUUCAUACUAGAGACAUUCUUUAUGAAUGUAAGGAGUGUGGAAAGACUUUCUCCUAUAAUUCAGAUCUUAUUCAACAUGAGAGAAUUCACACUGGAGAGAAACCUUACAAAUGUACUGUGUGUAUAAAGGCCUUCAGGAGUAAGACACAACUUACUGUGCAUCAGAGAAUUCAUACUGGGGAGAAACCUUAUGAAUGUAGUGAAUGUGGGAAGUUCUUUAGACAGAGGACACACCUUUAUAUUCAUCAGAGAAUUCAUGGAGAGAUUCUCUAUGAAUGCAAGGAGUGUGGGAAGAAUUUCUCCUACAACUCAGAACUUAUCCAACAUCAAAGAAUUCAUACUGGAGAGAAACCUUAUGAAUGUUCUAUGUAUUGUUAGACCUUUAGGAGAAAGGCUCAGCUUACAGUACAGAAGAAAAUUCAUACUGGAGAGAUUCUUUGUGAAUAUAAAAAGUUCAAGAAGGCUUUCCACUACAACCCAGAACUUAGCCAACAUCAAAAAUUUAUACAGGGAGAAACCUUAUGAAUAAAUUGUGUGAAGGAAGAUCUUCUGCCUGAAGGUAGAACUUACUCAAUAUCAGAGCAUUCAUUCUAGAGAGAGACCUUUUGAAUAUAAUAAAUUUGGGAAGACUUUUAGACUGAGGACACAGCUUGCUCAGGAUCAGUGAAUCCGUUCUAUAGGGUAAUCUUAUGAGUGUAGUGCAUAUGGGAAGAAAGUCUUUAGACUGAGGACUCUGCUUUAUUUCCAUCAGAGAAUUUACAUUGGCAAAAUUCUUUAUGAAUGUAGGGAGUGUGGGAAGAUUCCCUAGCUAAAUAGACUAUAAUUCUCAGUCUCUAGAAGAGGUUCUGAAAGUACUUAUUUAGCCCCCAUGGGAUAGAGAGAUAUCCUUCCUUUCAGUGGAAUCUUUUAAUGCAAAGUUUCUUAAACUAUGGGUUGUGAUCCCAUAUGGGUUAUGUAACUGAAGGGGGAGGGGGAGUCAUGAAAUUAUGGUUUGAUUGAUAUAUCUGUUUCAUAUAUUGGGGGUCACAUAAAAAGUUUAAAAAGUCCCACUCUAAUGAGAGAAAUGUUAUCCUUCCAUGAACCUUCAGGGAGUGAGAUGUUAUGCUGUUUGGGCAGAGGCUACUGAGUGGUAUUUAGAAACUGUUGGUAUUAACUUUGAUCCCUGGCAUAUGGCAGGUAAGAAGAGUAUGAAUUACUUCUUGGCCAUCAGGUAAGCAUGGUGUGUGCUAUUAUAGUUGUUACCUGCUUGAGGAAAUAUGUUCCAACUGAUUUUCCUGAUUUUGAUGAUGAUCUUUUUGCUCAUAUUCAUCAGGGUAGCCAGUGUGAACCUUAAGGAAUCUCAUUAAUUAAAAUAAAAUAUUGCAAGGACCUGUUGGCAGAUGUUGAUGGGAUAUAAUUUCUGCCCAAUAUUCUUAAUAUCAAAUGAAGAAAUUUGGCUAAGUUCAGGU